AUUGCAACCCAAUCAUUUAUGUCGAAGACCAAUCGUAAAGCUACAAGCAUUUGUCGGAAAAAUGUCUUCGCAAGAGUAGACUUGUGCUCAAUUCAACAUUUUAUAAUCAUUUAACCAAACGCAGUUGCACUCGCUGUAAUAAUAACGACAUAACUUAUUGUGUUUCCAUAGUUCUGUUCAAAAGUGCUGCAGAUAUGGCUGACGAGAUGGAUCCUUGCGAGUGCCUGUGGAAUCAUGAGCUGGCGAUGCGUCGGCUUAUCUCUCUGCUCCGUCAAGGUCAGUCAUACUGCACAGAUAAUGAGUGCCUGGAUGAGUUCCCAAGUCUGCCAUCGGCGCCGCAGUCUUCUGCAAACAGUUUCAUGGUGAUGUUCCUGAUGAUGGCUCUCGCACUUGCAAUGUACGCCAUGCGCCCGCGCCGCAACCAGAUACAAGAUUCUGCAAAGCCUUCGCGCAAUUCUCAGGAUCACGAUGGAGCACCUCCAACGCCUCCAAGAAUAUAAACAGAAGAGUUUAAACAAGGGAUCACGCUAACAAUGAAUUCCAGUAAUUGUAUUAUAUAGUAAAUUGUACCGCACCAAGUUGUGGACACAAGAACGUCAUCACAACUUAUGUGUAGAUGAAUAAGAUCGUGUAUAGGUAUUAUGUACUGAUAAGUUUAUAUUAUAAACGAUUGGUAACUUUGGAAAACGUAUAACGAUUCAUUUCGCGCUGUUGCUGCCUUGCCUUUGAAAUGUAACUUGAAUAGGUGUCACAAUAAGAUCUUUAAGGUAAUGAUGGUUAUAGCGGUUCGUUCUAAUAAUCCUACUUAUUUUUCUUCUCUCUAUUCAUCAUCUGGUGCUAUUUUCUUUCAUCUAUUUAUUUAUACUUAAUAUGUGAGUAUUAUAACGUUUCGUUUGAUAUAAAGUAAAUAGGUAUAUUUAUAAAUAUUUUUCACCUAUGCACAUGACUGUUUUUUGCACUACAUGAAAAUAAUUACACAUCACAUUAGUGCAAUAAUAUUCUAAACAUUAUCUGAAUCUUAUCAAGAUCUGAUUUUUGAAGUAUUACAAUGAAGCGAUGGUGAAUUUGUUCACGUUUACGUUGACGUAACGCGACGAAGAAAGGAAUCAAUUCAAAGCAUUUAUGGCUUGAAUUUGUAAUCUGAUGUCGUUUCGCAAUUGCAGUUAUUCAUAGUUUGUGCCGUACGUUGCUAUUGCACUGCUGGUUAUAUAAUAACUUUGUUGAUUUGAGAACGUCACGCCGGUGCGCGCUACAGAGAAAACUAGUGCUGAAGGCUAUAAAAGCAAGACUUCAUUUUACGAGAUGGUGAACAGCCCAAAAGCGUGGUAUAGUUAAAAUUUCUCUCUAAUCUUGAUAAAGCCUCGUACAUGCCUUGCCAAUUGUGCAAAUAGAAAUUUGCAAUUUUAUUAUUUUAAUUUUUGCUUGUGUCACACUUUAAAAGUGAGAUGAGAAAAAUAAAAUAUAAUUAUUUUAAGUACUAUAAUAUGUACGUCAUAUCAUGAACACGCAAGGAGAUUAUUUUUCCUGAUAAAUGUUUUAUUUUUUAUUUUUCUGGUCCAACUAUUGCAUUAUUAUUCCACUAGGUUUAGUUCAACUUGGGUUGGGUUAUAUUUACAACCAUUUUUCAUUUUGUGAGUUAUUAUAUUGUACACGUUAUGUAUUUUUAUUAUGACAAAACCGAUCGAGAUUAUAUCUAUGAAGAUAAUAAACAUACCUGUAAAAUAUUGAUUGUUUUAUUUCCUGCAAAUGCAUCAAGAGAAUUGAAAAAUACCGAAAUGUACCUAUGUAUUCAUAUACGAACUACCACCGUUCUUAUCGACGCCUGCACGAGCGCUGAAUUCUAUCUAAGUCAGACAGAGACAACACUAUCACUCGCUGACUCACCCCACACGGCGUAAAUCUCUUUCUAGAAAGUAAUCUGUGUUUCAUUACAUCAUACCACCAUAAAAACAAAUGAUAAGCCAUCGUGAAAUAUGGAAACACGACAAUAUUAGAAAACUAUGUAUUGCAAUGGAAAAUGAACACUGCGAAAUGCAAAUCAUUUAAAAACAUGGAAAAUGAUUGUAUGAAAUACAAUUCAUUAGUAACACUUGUAUAUGUUAAAUUAUACACAUUAUGCUAAAACGCACCGCUGUCAAGGUAACUGAAAUUAACAUAAUUAUUAUUAAAAUGUAACACAUAACAGCACACAAACUUUCUAAAAUAUUGCUCGUAAUCCAAAAAUGGAAUUGUCCUAAUCUAUUGAGUAGUAUAAAAAAUACGUCGGCUCAAUUUACAAGUACCCUAACAAUUCCGCAUCUCAACUUUGCAUUAUAAAAUGUCAACAGUCUUUGCCCCAGCGGGGGAUUCCGUACAUCAUGAGUCCUGUAUCCUAUCCACUUCAUUCUUAACUUUUCUAAGUAAUGCACUUAUUUGCUUGUACUUUCCUGUCGAGUUUGGUAAGUUUUCAAAGUUGAUGACGUCACAAAUGUCUUUUGCGAACUUAUCGUCUGUUGGCAGUUUGACGUACGAGGAAGCUAUGUUCAUGACUGGUGUACCAUAUAGCGUUCCUUUUACAUGACCAGGUUUGGACUCUGGUGUGACGGGAACUUCGGAAGAACUGUCUUUUUUGUUCGCUUCCUCGUCAUUGCUACCUGGUGCAGAUGAUGUUGAUGGAACUGGUGUUGAUUCUAGUCUAUUUUCUUGUGUUGAUUGGUCAUUAUUUGAGGGCGCUUCGAUUGUUUCUGUGUCAUUGCUGGCAGGUUUACUAUUGCCGAUGUCAUUUUUUACACUUACUUCUUUAUCAGCGUCAUGAUUAUUCGGUUUUUCUUCGCUGUUACCUGUAUCCAUAUUUUCUGUAACGUCGAUUGUUUUAUCCAACAUACUCUCGUCUGUCGUGUCCAAUAUUGUAAUGACUGAUGUAUUAAGAGUGGAAUCACUCUCUAAAGCACUUAGAAGAAGUCGUUUCUUUUCUUCUAAAUCGUCUAAUGUGGGGCUGCUGCGUCCACUGCUUUGCGUGUUCG